AUGAGUCAAGAUUUUGAAACAAGUGAUUUCGCGAACAGCUCUCCCGAACAUGAGCUUGCUUCUAAGGAGAUCGAUCUUGAGGGCCGGGAUUUCGGCCAUGGAGGCAAGGCAGAUGAUGCCUCCGUGGUAAGUGACCUCGUCGGUCAUCAAAUUGAAAUUGAGACCGUGAAUACUAUCAAGUAUCGGACGUGCAGCUGGCAGAAAACAGCUGCCCUGCUCUUUUCUGAGUACAUAUGUAUUGCAAUUAUGUCCUUUCCAUGGUCAUAUUCUGUUCUUGGUCUUGUUCCAGGACUAAUUGUAACGAUUGCCGUUGCGUUAAUUGUUCAAUACACGUCUCUCAUAAUCUGGCGAUUUUGCCUGCGACAUCCUGAUGUCCGCGACGUGUGCGAUGUUGGGAAACGCCUCUUUUGGGAUUCUCCAAUUGCCUGGUACGUGACAGCAACCAUGUUUUUAUUAAACAACACUUUCAUUCAGGGACUGCAUUGCUUAGUUGGAGCUGAGUAUCUGAACACCAUGACCGACCAUUCAAUUUGCACGAUUGCCUUUGCCUUCAUUACUGCAAUGGCCUGUUUUGUCUGUUCGUUACCGCGGACCUUCAGCGAACUGUCCAAGAUGGCGACAUUUUCGGCGAUCUUCACAUUCAUCUCGAUUUUGCUGGUGGUGAUCUUCGCUGGUAUCGGCUCUCCCUAUACCGGAGGCAAGCCUGUGGAAGAUCCGAUCGUGCGCAUCGUUCCUGCUCCCGGUACAAGCUUUGCGACGGGUCUAGGAGCCUUCUUGAACAUCAGCUUUGUUUUCAUCGGCCAAAUCACGCUCCCUAGCUUCAUUGCGGAAAUGAAAGAGCCGAAGGACUUUUGGAAAUCCGUCACCAUUGUGACUAUCGCCGAAAUCAUACUAUUCAGCGUGGUUGGCGCUCUCGUCUACGCCUUCACCGGGAGUCAGUACAUGCAGGACAUGGCAUUUGGUUCUCUUGGCAACGAUAUUUAUAUGAAGGUCUCGUUCUCAUUCAUGAUACCGACUCUCCUAUUUUUGGGAGUGCUGUACGCCUCGGUGUCUGCUCGCUUUAUCUUUUUUCGGUUAUUCGACGGCACUCAUCAUGUGGGCAAUCACACCGUUCUGGGUUGGGCUUCAUGGAGUGCAAUCUUGCUGGUGCUCUGGGUUCUAGCAUGGGUCAUCGCAGAGGUGAUUCCGUUCUUCAACAGUCUACUGUCCAUCAUGGGCUCCGUGUUCGGUUCUUUCUUCGGUUUCAUUUACUGGGGAGUUGCUGGUCUUCGUAUGUCCCAUACCGAGUACGGCUCGGGCUUCUACAAGAUGCGAGGCGUUCGCGGCUGGGUGGAACUCGUCGUGAACGUUGCCUUGAUUCUUAUUGGUCUUUUCUUCCUAGGGCCUGGUACAUACGCAUCUGUCGAAUCGGUGAUCGAGAGUUACCACGAAGGAAAUGUCGGCAGCGCAUUUAUUUGUGCCAGCAAUGGUCUUAGAUCUUAA